UAGAGGUGUAUUCAGUCGCUAUCAAAGCCUCGUCUACUUAGUCAACGUUUGCUUUCGUAUCUCUCUCGUCUUGGAUCCUUAAUCGAGAGAUCUUAGGGAUUCUCAGAUUACAAUUUUAAGGCUGAAGAAGCUGGUGCAUUCGUGGGGGCUCUCGUCUGUAGUGUGAUCAGGUCAUGAGUCAUGAGUCAUGAGAUUAAUCCUAUCACCACAAGACAUGGGAACGAAUAAUAAAUAAGGGGUCAACAGUGUUGGACAUAAUUACAUACUUACUCUAUUACGUUGAUUGCAAAUGUUCAAGAUACGUGUUUCCGAUAUCUGUGGAAUAUUUUACUCAACAGAGUGACACAUAAUAACAUUAAUAACAUAUAAUAUAUGAGUUCUCAAUUAUCUCAAAACACACUUUACCGUGCCACUGGGAAAUGGACCCUUUGACUGUCAAGCUUGUUGAUGAGUAAAUGUUAAAAGUGCCUUUGUUGCUCCGUCAAGAUGUGGCUUUUUUCGCGCGACCCUACCAAAGACUUUCCCUACGAAAUCGGUGAAUCCGUUACUGGUCUUGACAAUAAGAGCAUCUGGAGCUUGCAUAAGGCCAAGCGCAAGGGAACAGCAUUAGCAGGUGCUACAGGAGGUGAAGAAGUGUCAGUCUUUGUCUUCCAAGCAAAAAAUGGUAACGACUAUAAGUUGGACAUUGCCCGAGCUGCAGUAAAAAGACUGAAAACACUGCGACACCCAAGUAUACUUGCUUACUUAAAUAGUUUAGAGACAGACAAGACAAUUUAUUUGGCCACUGAAAGAGUUGAACCCUUGCACAAUCGUCUUUCCAGAGUUGCCGAUAUUGGGGAAGGUAACAAACGUGAGCUUUACUUUUCCUGGGGAAUAUUUCAGAUAACUCGAGCUUUAAGUUUUUUAAACAACGAUGGGAAUUUACGACACAACAAUGUUAACGUAUGGUCAGUUUUUGUCAAUGAAGAAAGCGGUGAAUGGAAACUUGGAGGUGUUGAAUUUAUGACAGCUGUAGAUGCACCAUAUACAUCGUUACCACCUGAACUCCAAGUUUAUCGACCACCUGAUGCCAAAGAGAAUGUAAAACCUUGUUCAAAAUGUUGUGUCGAUAUGUGGGGCCUUGGCUGCCUUAUUUGGGAAGCUUUUAAUACACAACUUACUUCAGCUGGAAAUCUUGAUGCCAUGGACAAAAUUCCCAAAGCCCUGGUAACAGUGUACCAAGAGAUUAUAAGUUCUUCUGCAGAAUGCCGUCCAAAUCCAGCUGACAUGAUAGUCCGUUGUCGCAGUAAUGGCGGAUUCUUCAAAAACGACCUUGUGGACGCCUUGCUAUUUCUAGAGGAGAUUCAAGUUAAGGAAAAGAAUGAAAAAAGUCGUUUUUUCUCACAACUCACGAAUCAACUGGACGCUUUUCCCGAGGGUAUAGGCCGUUACAAGAUACUACCCCAGCUCAAAGCUGCUUUCGAGUACGGCGAGGCGGGUAGCGCCGUUCUGCCUCCACUUCUGCAAUUAGGGCGUCUUUUGCCAGACCAUGAGUACCAGCAGCGGGUUGUGCCCUGUGUCGUCAAGCUGUUUGCGUCAAAUGAUAGGGCUACUAGACUGAGAUUACUCCAGCAACUUGAUCGUUUCGUCAAUCACUUGCAGCCAGUUACUAUUAAUGAGGCCAUAUUUCCCCAGGUUGCGCGAGGAUUCUUGGACACUAAUCCAGCUGUGAGAGAGCAAACAAUAAAGUCAAUCGUACAUUUAGCACCAAAGUUAGGUUACAAUAAUCUUAAUGUCGAAGUCCUCAGGUACUUUGCUAAAUUGCAGUCUAAUGAUGAUCAGGGUGGAAUUCGUACUAAUACGACGGUGUGUCUCGGAAAAAUUGCACAGCAUUUACAUCCUCAAAUCAGACAGAAGAUUCUCAUUGGUGCAUUUAUCCGUGGAACGCGGGAUCCUUUUCCACCAGCACGGAGUGCCAGUAUUUUAGCUCUUGCAGCUACCCAACAGUACUUUUUACUUCAAGAGGUUGCCAAUCGAAUUUUACCCGCACUCUGUCCUUUAACUGUUGACAGUGAUAAAAGCGUGAGGGAGAAUGCAUUCAGAACGAUAAAAGGCUUUCUAUCUAAGCUUGAAAGAUUGUCGGAAGAUCCCGGACUUCGUGAAUCAAUGGAGGCUGAUGUUAAUACAACAACGCCAAGUCUUAGCAACGCGGCCGCGACUUGGGCUGGCUGGGCAGUUACGGCAGUGACGGCCAAAUUCUAUCGUAGUCAAUCUGAUAAUCCGAAAUCAUCUGCUGUACACGGAACAUCAAGAAUAUUGUUUAAUAAGCCUGCAUCUUUAGAACAUGCAAGUAGUUCUCAAAGCAGUACAAGUACAACAGCAACGACGAGUAGUGCAACAAGUAUGGCCUCACUGGAUCACGAUCAUGAGCACGACACUCAACAAAAUACGGUGAACACGAAUUCAGACUGCGAUUGGGAUUGCUGGGACACGGGUGACUGGGGUGACAUGGAGCAACAGACCACGACGAGUGGAUCUUUAUCAAACACUAAUACAGCUUCGCACUCCCCUAAAGGACACAAUAAUCAUGAACAAUGGACCAGUCUUGAAGAAAAACCAGAGGAAGAAGCCGCUGAAGGUCAAGAUAAAGUAAAUGACACAGAGUCGGGAUGGGAUGAUGAUGAAUUCCUACCUUUAGAAGAUUUUCAACCAAGUGAAUCAAGUCCAAGCAAUACGUCAAGUAGCCGAUUAGAAGAAUCGCGGAAAAAAAGAGAAGAACGAAAAUUGGCAAGGCAAAGGCAAUUAGAAGCUAAAAGAGCGGCGAAACAAGAAAACAGCAUAGGAAGUAUUCUUCCUGCUAAGAAACUCUAAAUCAAUGAAG